UAAUUAGUUAAUAGAUAUGGAAACAGAAAAUCUAGAUGAGAGAUAUAGGGACUUGGACAACCUCUUCUUGAGAGAUUCCAAAUUCGCUCCUGAACUCUUUGCUCCAAACGACGCUCUCAAGACCAUCCUGUUUGAUGCAGCAAAGGUACUGGUGAUUGGAGCCGGAGGUCUCGGUUGAGAAAUACUAAAGGACUUGGCACUUUCAGGGUUCAGAGAUAUCACAGUUAUUGAUAUGGACACUAUUGAUGUAACAAACCUCAACAGACAGUUCUUGUUCAGGAAGAAAGACGUUGGAAAGCAUAAAUCCGAAGUUGCAGCAGCUUUUAUUGAAGAAAGAUGUUCUGGAGUCAAAGUGACAGCUCAUACCAACAUGAUCCAGGACUUUGAUGCUGACUUUUAUAGAGAAUUCCAUGUAAUUAUAGCAGGAUUGGAUAACAUAGAAGCCAGAAGGUGGCUAAAUGCACUCCUACAUUCUAUGGUAGAGUUUGAUGAUGAUGGCAAGCCUGAUAUAGCAACUGUAAAACCUCUUAUUGAUGGAGGUACUGAGGGAUUCAGAGGACAAGCAAGGCUUAUCAUGCCUCAUAUGUCUGGAUGCUUUGAGUGUACCCUUUCUUCACUACCUAAACAGAAUAGCUACCCAAUGUGUACUAUUGCUGAGACUCCAAGACUUCCAGAGCAUUGCAUCCAGCAUGCAUAUGUUAUUCAAUGGCCAGAGCAUUUCAAAGAUAAAAAGGUCGAUAAAGAUUCUCCUGAUGACAUGAACUGGAUCUUUGAGAGAGCUAAGGAAAGAGCAGAGUCCUAUAAUAUUGAAGGUGUAACCUACUUCUUGACUAUGGGAGUUGUCAAGAAUAUCAUCCCAGCUAUUGCUUCCACAAAUGCCUUAGUUUCUGCUGCUUGUGUAAACGAAGCUCUUAAGGUCGCUACAUUCUGCAACAAGAGCGUUGAUAACUAUUUCAUGUUUAUGGGACAAACUUCAGUGUACACAUCAACAUUCCCCUUCGAGAAGGACGAGAACUGUCUAGUGUGUGCUUCCCAACGUGAGAGCCAGACAGUGGCCGGCUCUAAGCUCCUAAAGGAAUUCAGAGAUGAACUGCAGGAGAAGUUCACUCUAUCCAAUCCUGGUUUAACUGCUGAAUCAACUAACAAGACCUUGUACAUCUCCGGGCCGCUUGGCAAGAAGACUAAGCAGAACCUUGAACUGUCCAUGGCUCAGUUGGUCGAGAGCGGGUUUUUGGAUAAGCAAGAUAUAAUCCAAGUGACUGAUAAGGCAAUUCCAACAGUGAUGAAGGUUUAUGUUAAAAUUGAAUAAGGCUUUAAAUGUCAAAGUUUUCUCA